ACUGGCUGCGCGGGCUGCCCGUCCGCUGUGUGUCAAAUGUAGGUGCCUUAAAACCGGGGGCUCGGGAGUCCCCGCGCGUGAACUCUGCGCGGGGGGCUCGGGACGGGCAGCCAUGGAAUUGAACUCCCUGUUAAUCCUCCUGGAAGCGGCCGAGUACUUGGAGCGAAGAGACCGAGCGUUCCUGCAAAGGAGGAAAAAAUUGCAUGGAAAAAAUAUAUUGCCACUAAUGCUGACUUUGUCCCUAGAAGCAGAACAUGGCUAUGCAUCAGUGUUACCCUUCGAUAGUGACUAUUCCAGAAAGAAAACAAAGGCAGGCACCAUGGCCAGAAAAUCCCAGAAUAACAGGUCAUCACACAAUGAAUUAGAAAAACAUAGGCGGGCUAAACUCCGGCUAUAUUUGGAACAGCUAAAACAGCUUGUGCCUCUCGGGCCGGACAGCACCAGACACACCACUCUAAGUCUGUUGAAAAGAGCUAAGAUGCAUAUCAAGAAAUUGGAAGAACAGGACCGAAAAGCUCUAAAUAUUAAAGAACAAUUACAGCGGGAGCACCGCUACCUCAAGCGCAGGUUGGAGCAGCUAUCCGUGCAGGGCAUGGAGCGAAUCCGCACUGACAGCAUGGGAUCAACAAUAUCCACUGACUCUGAACAAGAAGUAGACAUUGAAGGAAUGGAGUUUACUCCAGGUGAAAUGGACAGUAUUGGAAGUGCCAGUGAUGCUGAAGACCACUACAGUUUGCAGAGCGGUUCGAGUGACGGAGGUUACACACAUUCCCGCAGACUGAAUGCCAGGCUCUCAUAGUGCCUGAGUUACCCGCUCAACUCAGGACCAUCUGACUGAAGCACUUAUAUAUGAAUAUUCCAGAGGUGUCAACUGCCACUCUUCCGGGAAACCCCAACCACAAUACUCUGACAUGGAGGUUUCUUACCCCACGGUUCCCUGCACUGUAACCACAAUAUUAGAUAUUGUAAAUCAUGGGUUUGCUGCAGAGAACUGUGGUUAGGUACAGUUGUGACUUAAAGCUAGCUUGAUGUAGCCAUCCUGCAAAUUAAAGGAAAUAAAUUAUGUCGUUCCAUUCAAGAA